UUUUUUUAUUUAAAAAAAGUAAUAAAUAUAUUUUUAUAAAAGAAUUUAAAACCUUAUAAAAUAUUUCAUUAUGUCAUAUGGUGAAAAUAAAUUAAUUAAUAAUGCACUUAACAGAUCAUAUGCAUUAAUAGAUUCCAACAUUCAUAAUGAUAUACAAAAACAAUAUGAAUUUAGAAAACAAAUACUUCUUGAUGAUGAAUCACUUACGGAAAAUGAAAAAUCUGAAGCAAUAAUAAUAAUAGCUAAAAAUUAUGAUCUUAACAAACUUACUUUUAAUGAAGGAACAAAAAGAAUUUGUGAAAAUUGUAACCAAGAAUGUUUAGCUGUAACAUAUUGUGAAUAUUGUGUUCGAAAUUAUUUAAAAGCAAAAUUUUCAAAUUGGACAUCAGGAAAUGUUAUUAUUGAUAAUUUAAUACAAGAAUGUCAAAUGAAGACAAUUAAACCAAGCCUAAUACCAGAAUGGAUUCCAUAUAAUAAUCUAGAAAAUAUUGAAUACCUAACAAAAGGUGGAUUUUCAGAAAUUUAUACGGCAAUAUGGAUUAAUGGGAAUUUUACUGAAUGGGAUUCUGAAGGCAACAAUUAAAAAGAUUUGGAGAUUUUUAUGUAGCACUCAAAAGAUUAGAAAAUGUUGAAAAUGCAAACCAAAAUUGGAUUGAAGAGGCUAAAUCACAUUUAAAUAUAAGCAAUAAAUGGAGUGGAAUUGUCCAAUGUUGUGGAUU